CACUCUCCCUCCACUAUAAAAACAAUGUUUCUGCUUUGUGUUGCUGUUUGGUGUUACUGUACACCAUGUCACUAAAGCGGAUGCACUCAAUCCAAAAACUUGCUAAUCUAGAUCUAUUUCAUUUCUAGUGAAUAGUUUUACCCGCUGUGAGUGGAUUACUAAGACAGUUAUUCGUGGAUUUUAUUUCGUCGUUGGAAAACUUGAGUGUAGCCUAAUUACAUGCUUUAGCAAAGUCGCUUCCUUGUUGAUAGAACAGUAUCAGCAGAGUUACUAAACAAGUGCGUCUGCGCUGUCACCAAUAGACUGUGUUCAGUGUGUUUGGCAUAAUGUUAACUUAAAAUAAGUGAUUUGUGUACUUAAAAGCUGUACAUACUUGAUGUACAUAUCGUGUGAUCUGUACACAAUCAAUUAUACUGAACUGUUCGAGUGUUGGAUAUGGCCAAGAAACAGCAUACUGAAGGCAAUGGAGGGACGUUCACGGAUAUUAAAGGAAAGAAGGGCGCUUCAUCGUCCACUAAUGACACUCCGUUAAAGAAAGGCUACGAUCCAUCACGGCAAGGUCCCAAGCGGAAGAGGUCAUGUACAGAUGUAAUAUGUUGUCUUAUAUUUAUCAUCUUCCUGGGUGGACUCGUUGUAGUAGCAUAUUUUGCCUUUGUGUAUGGCGAUCCACAGUUACUAAUCUAUCCAAGAGAUUCUAAUGGAAACUUGUGUGGUCUUGGAAAAUAUGAAAACAAAAAGUAUUUAUUUUUCUUUGAUCUUGUUGAGUGUGGAAGAGUUGGACCUGGAGUUUUUCUUACUGGAUGUCCAACACCACAGGUAUGUGUUGCGAAAUGUCCAGACACUGAUUAUAUUUUUGCGGAGGAUCUAGUAACUCAAAAUAAAUCCAAACUGAUUUGUAGAGAUGGAGUUGAAACUUCAAAAAAGAGGGUGGACCAACUUGUUUUGGACAAGGACUGUGCUGCCUAUUAUUUUAAAAGUGAAGCAGUGAUCAAUCGAUGUCUGCCUAUUACGGAGAUUUUGGACUUAGGCAAAGAUAUAGUCAACAUAGCUGGGAAAAAUCACACAAUAGUAAACAAUGACAACAAGACUCUAGAUGGAGGAGAUAUAAACUAUGGCAUUAAAGUAUUUGAUGCCUUUUUAAAAGCCAAAGAAAUAGGAGAUAAAAUUAUAGCUGAUGUUGUGGCAUCAUGGUGGAUGAUGCUUAUAGGUUUAGUAGUUGCUAUGGUCAUCUCAAUGAUAUGGAUUGUGUUGAUGAGAUGGAUCUCUGGAUUCAUGAUCUGGCUAACAGUAUUACUUUUUGUAGCUCUAUGGCUUGCAUUAACCAUCUGUUGUUGGUACUUGUACUUUCAAAACAAAGGAACCAAUGAAACCUUGACUGUGUAUUUAAUUUGGCAGCUUUCUUUUGAAAAGGAAAAUCUUUUCUUAGCUGGAGGCAUCAUUUUUGGAGUGAUAUUUGUCAUUGUCUUUUUUAUAAUGCUGUUUUUGUGUCAGAGAAUACGAAUUGCAGUUGCACUCAUAGGUCAUGGAAGUAGAGCUGUUGGUUCUAUGUGGUCAACUCUUUUCUGGCCUUUGGUUCCUUUUGUUUUACAGCUUGGCGUAGUUGCACUCUGGGGUUGCAUUGCAACAUUUCUGUUGACCAUAGGAAGAGCUCCACAACCUUCUGGGAACUUCACUCUAGCCAAUGGCACCACUGACAUUGCAAAAUACAAAAGUGAUGUGGAAAAUUUAUUUGAGAGAAUCCCAUGCGAAAGCAGUCAAAAUGACACUGAAGGAAAGUUGUGUGGCUUCUUAAAGUACGGCAAAGGAGACUAUACUAUCUACCUCCAAAUAUUCAACCUCUUCAUGUUUUUCUGGCUGGUAAAUUUUGUCUCAGCUCUUGGCCAGCUAACACUGUCUGGUGCUUUCUCAAGUUAUUAUUGGGCUUUCGAUAAGUCCAAAGAUAUUCCAGCUUUACCAUUAUUAGGAGCUUUUUAUAGAUGUUUCAGAUACCAUUUAGGCUCUUUGGCUUUUGGGUCUUUGCUGAUUGCUAUUGUUCAAAUCAUCCGAGCUUUUCUGGAAUACUUGGACAGCAAGUUGAAGGCUUCAGAGAAUCCUGUUGCCAAAUUUUUUCUCAAGUGCCUUAAAUGCUGUUUUUGGUGUUUAGAAAAAAUAUUGAAAUUUCUCUGUAAAAAUGCUUACAUCAUGAUUGCAGUUUAUGGUAAAAAUUUCUGCACAUCUGCAAAGAGAGCAUUUGAACUGAUCUUGAAAAACUGUGUGAGAGCUUUUGUUCUUGAUAAAGUCACAGACUUCCUGUUCUUUGUUUGCAAGUUAAUGGUUGUUGGUGCUGUAGGUGUGAUCGCCUACUUCUUCUUUGAUGGGAAAAUAACAUUCCUUAACCAGUAUACACCUAUGCUCAAUUUUUAUUUUGUGCCAAUUAUUGUUGUUGUGAUUGGUGCUUAUAUUAUAGCUGACUUAUUCUUCAGUGUUUAUGAGAUGGCAGUAGACACAAUAUUCCUUUGUUUCUUGGAUGAUAUAGAGAGAAAUGAUGGCUCACCAGAAAAGCCAUAUUUUAUGGGGAAAGAUUUGAUGAAAUUACUUGGAAAAAAAAAUUUAAAGCCUAAAGCAGAAGGAUGAUGACAUAUCUUUUGAACAAUAUUCUUUGCCAAAACACAUUUUUGUCCAUUUUUGAAGUAUUCAGCAUUUUUUUUUAUUAUGUAUAUAGAGAUUAAAAUUUUAAUAUCAUUUUGGCUUACUUUGUUUUAAGCAAAAUCUUUCUAAAAGAAAGAACAGUUUCACAGUUGUAAGUCUACCAGCAAUUAAAAUUGAAAAUCAUUUCAACAUAAAGCAUACUGUGUAGGUAAUGCUGACAGUCUUGCUAUAUUAUCAAGCAUAAAUUGAUUUGAUGUGAGUUAAGAGGAUUCUAGGGUUUGUAUAUAUACAUAAAGUAUGUUUUUAUUGUAAUUAAGUCAGGAAAGCUUACUUUGGUGUUUAAACAACAUCGCAAAAUUGUAUCUUAAUUUACUACCUUCUAAGUCUUUUGUUAAUUUUAUUGUUGUUAAUGUUUGUACAUAUCAAUUGGCAAUACAUUUUUAUUCAUGUGAUUGAAGAGUUCCUAGCAAUGUGUUCUAUGCAAUAUACAUUCUUGUUACAAAUGAACAUUGGGUUAGAACUUUUCAAUGGCUGACUAUUUCAUUUCUUAUGGUCAAACUUGAGUUUAAAACUAUGCAUUAAAUAGUACUUAAAGACAUUUUAAAAAUGUAAUGCCAUAGAGACCCCCCCCCCAAAAAAAAACAAAAAAAAAAACAGAUCAAUGUAUCAACUUAUUUAUUAAAGUUAUUAUGUCAAACUUUGUUUCAAGUUUAAAAAACUAUAGCAGGUUGGACUAGGGAAUGAAACAAAAGUCUGUUAAGCUGAUUUUCAGCAAAAAGCAAAACAAAACUAACAAUGUCCCUAUCACUUUAACUAAUUGAACUCUAUCAAAUCUAAUUACUCUGUGUUUAGAUAAUCAAUACCAAAGCUUAAAAAAAUAUGUCACAAUGAUAUUAAAAUUUUUUUUGUCAACUUCAGUUCUAUUUGAUGGCUUAGUCAAUCGUAUUCUUUUAGUUGACUAAUUUUAGUUCAAACCAAUAAAGCUACAAUACUCUAAGAGUGCUCUACAUUUUAAUACAAGCCUUAAGAAGUAAUUUCUGUAUUUAAUAUAGAUAUCAUUUUUUGCUUUUUGUAAAAAAUUGUUCUGAAUUCCAUCUAUUUAUUGUAUAUAAUGUUUUUAAAAUGAAUGCUAUAUUUCUUUUUUAUUUUGUUUUGAAAAAGAAUUGUUAGUUUUUGUUGCUACCAGUUUGAUUUCAAAAGUUCAAUUUUUCGAUCAAAGUUUCUUUCAGUUAUAAUUUACAAUCUGAUCAUGAGGAGUUCAAAAUUUCUUUCACUUAAGCAAUAAAGCAACAAACGCACCAAUAGUUGGGAGAAAUAUUUUCUGAUUUACUUAAUUCUCUUUGAUCAAAUUACAUUCUUAUAUAUAUAUAUAACUUGUUCUUGUUCUUAAAAACACUCUGUGAUACAGUUGUCUAUUUUUUAUUUCAAUGGACAAAUGUUUACUUUAUUUUUAACACCAAAAAGUAAUAUCUUGGCUUAAAAAUAAUUUGAAUUUAUUUAUUUUUUUAAAGGAAUUACACUAUUCAUUCAUGAUUGUAAACAUGUAUUUCUUCAAUUGAAAAAAAAAAAUCUUCUAAAAUAUUUUCAAACCCAAUUUAUUUUCUCAUUCAGAUAGAAAAAAUAUCAUUUCAAAAUACACAUAGUAAUAUACAUUUUAUUGUAUAUAUAUAUAUAUAUAUAUGUUCACUUAGGUUGCCAUUGUAUUUUUUGUUGUUGUUGCCAACAGGGAGUAUCAUUAUGUAUUUGAUGUUGCCCAGUAUUUAUUAUUUAUGUAAAGUACAAAUGUAAUCAUUACACGGUCUUGCAAUUACUUUAGGGAUUGUUGUUUUUGUUUAUGCCAAUACAUCAUUGUAUGCAUCUAGUUCUCUCAAACAUUUUCAGUGACAGUUCAGUUCUUUAGGCUGGCACAAAAUUUGUUCACAAAAGUCUUCUUCAAAGUCGUGAGCACAUGUCUUUCAAUGCAAUGAUCUGUAAAUAAAACUAGGGAAAUAAAAA